AAGCUAAAUUUACGCAUUAUGAACGUUCCGAAGUUUUGCAAUGUGCAGGCGUCUUGGGAGAUUAAUGGCGGUGCAGACAUAGCAAAGAUUAUAUCUUAUCUUGUAAAGAAGGAAUAUCAGUCAGAGGAAAGUUUCUGUUUGCAAAAUGAAGAGGAUAACAUUGCUUCUGUUGAGUUAUAUAAUGAAAAUGAGACAAACAUUCCAUGUGAAUUAUCGGUGCAUUGUCAGCCAAUUCACAACCUAAAAAUAUCUGACAUUUCUAUCCUGUCAGAGGCAAAAACAAUUGAAAUCUAUGAUGAGACUGGUGCUUAUAUGACCUCAUGUAGAGGAUCAUAUGUUAAUGAUGUGGAAGGAAAACCUAUGUUCUAUGCAGAUUACAGUUGGCAGCAGCCUGCAUCUUCAGCCAUGUUAAGAUGUUUAUCUUUGCCAAGAAAAACAGCCAUGAAAGUGGUUGCCCUAGAGAUUUCACUAGUUAAAUCCAAGGAGACUUCAUCUACAUCUUUAGGGACAUCUUUUGAUUUUACCAAGGUGAAAGCUCUCCUCCAGGACAUGCAACAAGAUGUUCCAAUAACAGACAAGGCAAAGGCAUGUAUGCAGACCAUUGAGCAAUAUCAGGAGGUUAGUAGUGGCUGGGAGAGAGUCAAAUUAAAUAUUUUACUGCAAAUAUGAUGCUUCACAGAAUAA